CAAGAAAUGUUUUACAUAUGAGAUUUUACAAGGGAGUUCUGUUUCAUGUAACAGUGUAUGAACAGCAUGCUAACAGGGACCAUGCUAACAUGUGAAGUAAAGCAGGUGUACAGUUAACCAUGUUCUCCAUCUCACUUUAGCAUGUUAGCAUGCUAGUAUUAGCUAAUUAGCACUGAGAAUAGCUAAGGCGCGAGAAAUUGGUUAAUAUUAGCACACUUACAUGCUAACAGUGACUAUGCUAACAAUGUGAAGUAAAGCAGGUGUACAGCUAACCAUGUUCUCCGUCUCACUUUAGCAUGUUAGCAUUGUUAAUUAGCACUGAAGUAGCUGAGGCGUGAGAAAGUGGUUAAUAUUAGCAUGCUUACAGUGACUAUGCUAAUAGGGUGAAGUCAAUCAUGUUCACCAACUCACUUUAGCAUGUUAGCUUGCUAACAUUAGCUAAUUAGCCCUGACAACAGCUGAGGCUGAUGGGGAAAGUAGUUAGCUCAUUCACGGAGGAGAAGCUGGGCCAGGCGGAGAAGACGGAGCUGGAUCAACACCUGGAGAACCUGAUCGCUCGGGCUGACGGCACCAAGAACUGGACCGAAAAGAUCCUGCGACAAACGGAGGUGCUGCUGCAGCCCAACCCCAUCGACCACACUGGUGCUCGAAUAGAAGAGUUCAUCUACGACAAACUGGACAAGAAGCUUCCGUCCAGGGCGACCAACGCCGAGCUGCUGGGCCAGUACAUGGUGGACGCCGCCGCUGAAUUCGGACCCGAGACGCCGUACGGCUGCACCUUGGUCACUGUGGGCGAGUACCAGAGAAAACUGGGCGGAGCCGAGCGCGAGUUCCUCCAGACCUCAGCGGCCUCCUUCCUCACGCCUCUUCGCAACUUCCUGGAAGGAGACUGGAGGACGAUAUCAAAAGAGCGGCGGCUUCUGGAGAAUCGCCGGCUGGAUCUUGACAUCUGCAAAGCGCGUGUGAAGAAAGCAAAACAGGCAGAAGCCAAAGCAGCAGCUGCCCCCGACUUUCAGGAGACGAGGCCUCGGAAUUACGUCCUGUCUGCCAGCGCCUCCGCGCUGCAGAGCGGCGGCUGGGAGAGCUGGGACGUGGCGUCGCCGGACCCCGGUGCGUCCGAGCAGAGGAAGCUGCUGAGUGAGGAAGUGGACAAGGCAGAGCUCGAGCUCCGCGUCGCUCAGACCGAGUUCGACCGACAAGCCGAGGUCACUCGACUGCUGCUGGAGGGAAUCGGCAGCACGCACCUCAACCACCUGCGAUGUCUACAGGACUUCUCCGAGGCUCAGGCCACGUUCUACGCUCAGUGUCACCACUACACACAGGACCUGCAGAGGGAGCUGCACCGAUGUUCUAACGCCGUGGCGCCCCCCCACUCCUCCGCCGCCGCCGCCCCGCAGCCCGUCUCCUCUGCCUUCCUGUCUGGGCCCUCGUCUCCCGGGGCCGCGGUCUCGUCUCUGUCCAGCCAGACGGCGGGAGCGCUCACGCAGACCCAGCUCGCAGUCACCGGCACCAGAAAGGCCAAGGUGCUGUAUGACUACGACGCCCACGAUGACAGCGAGCUUUCCCUCCUGGCGGACGAGCUCAUCAGCGUUUACACCGUACCUGGAAUGGAUCCUGAUUGGUUGAUUGGAGAACGGGGAAACGAAAAGGGCAAAGUCCCCGUCACCUACCUCGAACUGCUGAGCUAAUACACCACACACACGCACACACACACGCACACACACACGCACACACACGCACACACACACGCACACACGCACACACACACGCACACACACACACGCACACACACACACGCACACACACACACACAC